AUGGCCGGGGUCCACAAGGCGGAUGUGGGGCAGACCACAGGCAGCCUCCGGGAAGGCGGGAGCAGGCAGCGGGCAGCGGGCCGGGCCCUUCUGGGCAUUCCGGGCCUGAGGGACAGCCCAUGCGGAUUUGACCUCGGAGGAAACGGGGAGCCACUGGAGUUUGGGGGUGUGCGGGACAUGCCCCCUCCGUCGGACACGGCGCCCUCCCCCCGCCCCCUUACAAGGCCCGCAGACAAGCAGAAGGGCAGCGCUGAGGCCGCCUGGUUCAAGGGGCCCAUCUCACAGAUGAGGAAACUGAGGCCCGGAGAGAGAAGCCUCGGUGGGAGGGCAGGUGUGACCCCCCCCUCCGCCCCGCCGGGCUGCGCCCGUACCCGCAGGCCGUCCUCGGAGCCAGAACUGAGGACAGAGAAGAACCCCCCGCUAUGGACUCUUCUUCCAUUUCCUCUUUCUCAUCCAUCUCUCGGUAGCAGCCAGCAUAGCCCUCGGAAGCCAGGCGGGCUUGGAGCAGCAGGGAGUGGCCCUGGAACCUGGAGAGGGAUGGCCCAGGAGUCUGUGUCCUUCAGAGAUGUGGCUGUGGAUUUCAGCCAGGAGGAAUGGGGCUUCUUGGAUGCCUCUCAGAAGAAACUGUACAGGGAAGUGAUGCUGGAGAACUACAGGAACCUGGCCUCCCUGGGGCUUCCAGUUUGUAAACCAGAUGAGGUCUCCCAGUUGGAGCGGGGUGAUGCCCCAUGGAUGCUGGAGAGAGAAGGCCCAAGAGCUUCCCUUGCAGAUUGGGAGCUAAGGCCUAAAAUCAAAGGAUCUACUCCAGAGCAGUCCAUUUCUCCAAAAGAGUCAUCCUGGAAGAAUGUCAUCAGCAGUAAUCCUUGGAAGCUGGAGUCGGGAGAAACCUUGGCUUGUGAUGUUGAGUCGGUGAAGAAACACGACAGCCAGGACAGUCCUUCCAGGAAAUUUGCAAUCCCCCCCAGAAAGACUGUAGGCAGAGGAAGAGACCAGCGAUGUAAUAAAUUUGGAAUAAGCUUCGGUCGGGGGUCGGGCCUUUCUCUCCAAGGAAGCAUUCCUGCAGCUGACAGCCAUAAUGGAGGUGAUCCACAUGGCUGCAUCUUCCCAUCCUAUUCUUCCUACCUAACUCAGUAUACUAAAAGGACAUCCAGGGAAGAGAAUGACGGGUACGAUGAAUGUGGGAAACCCCUACUUUGUCAGCCAAAUCAUAGUCAGUAUUAUGGCAAACAUGCAGGGGUGAAAGCUUAUAAGUAUAAUCACUGUGAGAUAGCCUUCAGAUGGGGCACAGCCCUUUCUGGACACCCCCAGCUUCAUGCAGGAGAUAGCCAAUGUGGGAAAACUUUCAGCCAAAAUGCAGAGCAUCUGAUUUACCAUCAGAAAAUUCAUGAUGGGGAGAAGCAUUAUGCAAGCACUGAGUAUGGGGAGGGCUCCAUCGAUCACUUAUCGCUGAUCGCCCAUAAGAAAAUUCGUACUGGAGAGAAGCCAUAUGACUGUUUUGAAUGUGGGAAGGCCUUUAGCCAGAGCUCGGAACUUACUAGACAUCAGAAAAUCCAUACUGGAGAGAAGCCUUAUGAAUGCAGUGAGUGUGGGAAGGCCUUCGUCUGGAACUCAGAACUGAUUAGACACCAGAUAAUUCACACUGGAGAGAAACCCUACGUGUGUAACGAAUGUGGGAAGGCCUUCACCCAGAGCUCGUCUCUUACUUUACAUCAGAGGAUUCACACUGGGGAGAAGCCGUAUAAGUGCGACGAAUGUGGGAAGGCCUUCACCCGGAGCUCAUCCCUCACUGUGCAUCACAGUACUCACACCCGGGAGAAACCUUACGAAUGCAGUCAGUGUGGGAAGACUUUCAGCUGGAACUCUGAACUCAUUAGACACCAAAUAAUUCACACUGGAGAGAAGCCGUAUAAGUGUGAUGAAUGCGGGAAGGCCUUCACCCAGAACUCAUCCCUCGUCUUACAUAAACGAAUCCACAGCCGAGAAAAGCCUCACGAGUGUCACGAAUGUGGGAAAGCCUUCAUCCAGCACACAGCCCUUAUCUGUCAUCGGAGAAUCCACACUGGAGAGAAGCCUUAUAAAUGCAACGAGUGCUGGAAGGCUUUCAGUCAGAGUGGACACCUUACUGUGCACAAGAGAAUUCACAGUAGAGAGAAGUCCCGAGAGUGGAACGGCUGUGGGAAAGCCUUCGUCCAACACUCCCCUCUUAUUUACCAUCAGAGAAUUCACGGUGGUGAGAAAGCUUACAAAUGCAAUGAGUUUGGGAAGGUCUUCAGUCAGGACACAGACAUUAUUAACCAUCAGAAAAUCCAUCCUGGAGAAACGUUUUUAUGCAUGUAAUGAAUAUGGGAAGGCCUUCAUCUGGAGCUCAUUUCUUAACGUUCUGAUAAUUCAAACCAGAUUAAAAUUGUAUAAAUGUAAUUCGCAUGGGCAGGAUUCAAAUGGAGCAGGAACUUUCUCAAAUAUAUGUCUAGUCAGAUUGCAAUGAAGCCUUGAGCCAGAGCUUGCCCCUUACUGUACGUACAUCAGAGAAUUCAUAUAAGAGAGAGAAAUUAGGGAUAGAAUUAAUGUGGGAAGCCCAUACCAAGGGCUCAGAAUUUGCUAAUAUUUAGAUAGUGCUUUAAGAAUGGUAAAGUGCUCUGAAGUCAGGAGGACCCGAGUUCAAAUCUGACCUCAGAUACUUAACACUUCCUGGCUGUGUGACCCUGGGCAAGUCAUUUAACCCCAGUU